AUGGCCAUCCUCAAGGCCAUUACGGCUGGUCUGCUUCCACUCGUCGGAGCUGUACCAGCUUCGCCCUUGGCUUCGAGAGCAGAGGCUGACGUCGUGGAAGUUAUACUCCCAUCCGGUACCAUCAUCGGGUCGGUGGGAGAGACAGUCGACACCUUCAAUGGAAUCCCUUAUGCCGAUGCGCCCGUCGGCGAUUUGCGCUUCAGACCUCCUGUCAAGCUCUCAAGAGACCUCGGAAAUUUCAAUGCCACUAAAAAGCCCCUGUCAUGCCCCCAGGGACCUCUUGUCACUCUAAAAGGCGUAUCUAGUGUUGCGGACAUAGCUGGAGCAGCCACCAUCUUCAACAGCACCACUGGCGACGAUGAAGCUCCUGCGUCCUCGGAGGAUUGUUUGACAAUCAAUGUUCAGCGCCCCAAUGGUGUCCAGGCUGGUGAUGGCCUUCCCGUGCUAUUCUGGAUCUAUGGUGGCGGCUUUUUGGGUGGAAGCACGGCAGGCUUUGACGGCACCAAGCUGAUUGAUACCGGUGUGUCUCUCAACCAGCCUUUCAUCUUCGUGGCCGUCAAUUAUCGUGUCGCUGCCUGGGGCUUCAUGCCAGGCAGGGAGAUUCUGGAAGAGGGAAGCGGCAAUGCGGGGCUUCUCGAUCAACGCAUGGGCCUUGAAUGGGUUGCUGACAACAUUGAGGCGUUUGGAGGCGAUCCGGACAAGGUCACCAUCUGGGGCGAGUCUGCUGGCGCCAUCUCGGUGUUUGAUCAGCUCGUCCUCUUUAAUGGCGACGCUACCUAUAAUGGAAAGCCGCUCUUCCGUGGUGCCAUUAUGAACUCUGGUUCUGCGACUCCCACUGAUCCUUUGGACAGUGACAAGGGCCAGGCCAUUUACGAUGCCAUUGUAGAGGAGGCCGGCUGCGAGGGUGACGAUUCCUUGACUUGCCUUCGUGAGUUGGACAACGACCAAUUCACCGUCGCGGCCAAUUCUGUGCCAGGCAUCUUCUCAUACAGCUCUCUUGCUCUUUCAUUCCUUCCAAGACCGGAUGGUAGAGUCUUGACGGACAGUCCGGAUGUCCUUCAGAGGACUGAAAGAUUCCACAGAGUGCCCAUGAUUAUCGGAACCCAGGAAGAUGAGGGAACGCUCUUUGCCCUCACACAAAAAAACAUGAGCACGACGGAACAGAUUGUCGACUAUCUGGCUGAAUUUUACUUUCACGAUGCCGACACCGAUCAAAUCACCGGGCUCGUCGACACCUACAGCUCCGACCCUCGAGACGGAAGCCCGUAUGGCGUUGGAGGUAUCUGGGACAUCUACCCCGGCCAGGGCAGACUCGCGUCCAUGCUUGGUGACAUUGUCUUUAACUUGAUCCGGCGAAUCUCGCUUCAGACUUUUGCUGAUAUUGCUUUCGAAGUGCCUACAUGGUCAUAUUUCUCGUCUUACAAGUACCAUCCAAUCCUCGGCGUCUUUGGCACCUAUCACGGGUCUGACAUUGGCGUCUUGUUUUCGGAUGACAAUGACAAGUAUCCUACAAUCACGGGCCGCACAUACUACAUCAACUUUUUGUAUAAUUUGGAUCCUAAUGAAGGUGCAUCCGUGGACGUGUUUUGGCCGGAGUGGAAAGACGAGAAUAAGCUGUUGAAUUUCAAGGCGACGGAAAACGUUUUGAAGGACGACGAUUAUCGGAAUGCCAGCUCCACGUAUUUGAUUGACCAUAUCGACUAUCUUCGAUUUUAA